AUGGCGUUCGACGACGACGACAGCCCGUCUAGCACGCGGCCCGACGCCCAGCCCGCGACGGCCGAAGAAGCCCUCGAAGACGAAGACGUCCCCGACUUCAAGCACUUUGCUGCCAUGUUCGCCAGUAAGAAGGGCGUUUCCAGCAAGGCGAUCCGCAAGGGCGAGAAGGAUUUCGAGUCGCACGGGACACGGGCGCAGGACUCGGCGCUCGAGGCAAGCCGCUCGGCCAUGGAGGAUGUGCUCAGCUAUGCGCGGGUACAUCGCCGCGACACUUGGGUCCGUGGCUGGUUCUUCCCCGACCGACUGGCGGACAGUGUCGAGGCGCAGCGGAUCGUCGCUGUCGAGCACGAAAAGGGCAGUUGGGUCCGGGACAUUGGCAAGGUGCACAAGGACGCGGGCGACUUUGCGCGGCUGUGGCUGUUGCCUGAGGAGGCGCUGUACCUGGUGGAGCGCGGGACGCUGGACCUUUGGUGGCCGGACAAGGCGUUUGAGGAGAUCAUGACAAAGACGAGUGAAAAGGCAGAAGGCUACGGACCAGAUGACUACGACGUGGGCUUGCCCAUGAGCCUCGAGGCAGCGUACGCCAUGCUCCUUGGCGAGGAAGGGGACCGGGGCAAGGUGUCCAUGGCCAAGUUCCAGGUCUACAGUCACUUGAAGAGAGGCGGCUUCCACAUUCUCCGGGCACCCGCCGACCUGCCCCCGCCGGAGCCGCUGCGCACGCCAGCCGCUCCUACACUUUGGCAGUGGCUCGUCUCCUUGAUGCCGAGCAGAACGACCGAACCCGCAGGCUGGGGACCACUCGUCCGGCCGGGACUGUAUCGCGCCUACAAGUCGAUUUACCAGCAGCUAGACAUCACCCCUCGACACAAACCAGUCGUCAGACCUACCUUGGCCCCGGAACCUCAAGAUCCCUUCAACGUAUUCUUCCACGUGUGGAAGUCGGGCGGCGCUCCCUUCUCCAAGAAGACGCCCCCAUGGCCGGAUUUCAGGAUCGCGGUCUCCGAUACAUCGUCCUCCCACGUGCCCACGCUGGAGGAGCUCGAUGCGCUCUGGCUGUCGUCGGCGCCUUACGACCCAAGCACCCUCGAGGGGCCGGGGCGGAUGUACCAGCGCCUGCGCCAGGGUCACAGAAACAUUCUCGUGGCGGUUGUGGAUAGAGGCCUGGUCAACUUCAUCCGGUUUGGCGAGGGUGCCUUUGGCGAGGAGCCGCUGGUCCCGCGAUUCGAUGCGCCGAUGAGGGGUGGCAGGAAAGGAGGCGGCGGACGCGGUGGACGCGGCGGUCGUGGUCGAGGACGAGGCCGAGGACGCAGGUGA